GCAGUGAAUGACAUCUACGAGACGGUCCAAAGAUGGCACAGCAAAGAGCAUCGCGAAAUGAUGCGAGCCCAUUUUCAGGGCACGGCUAAGGGCAAGUCUCAGCUACCACGUGCUGGCAGCGGGGUCUUCAGUGUGACGCCUACUCUUGAUGCCCAUGAGGCAACCGUGUUCGCGUUGAACGAAACUGAGUCAACGCCACAGCAGGAGGUCAAGUCCCAGCCAGAAGGGCGCGGUGCAGCCUCCAGGCAUAUUGAGGAGGCGCAGCUGCGCUUAGCUGUGGAGCUAUCCAAGAAGGAGGCUGAACAUCCAGAGAAGCAGCAGACCGCCAAGGCCCAAGAAGGGGAGGACAACGCCACAACUACGUCCACCCAGACGGCGGGUCCUCAGGAGGCUGAGCCAAAGCAACAUGAAGUCGCACCAGCAAAGGCCCAGGACUUACCAGACUUCCAGGGCCUUCCUUUGCGCGGGGAGGGUGGCCUGCCAGCUGCCCAGGUCUUCAUCAAGCCCCAUUGUUUGGCGGCGCGCGUGGAAGCCCUGCCAGACGCGCUGGAAAGGUCCAUCGAAAGUAUUGUCCACAAGUUGGUUACGCCGGAUUCUUGGGCCUUGCUCUACGAGUCCAUCACAGAGGAGCGGAGCUAUGCCUGCGCGCGCGCUGCGCGGCCCACGCCCUCUGUGCCUCGCAUGCUGGUGCUAUGGUUGGAAGAUGUCGCAACCGACACGGCUAAGCUCCAGGAAAGCCCUAGCCUGGCUGCUGAUGCGGAACUGCGGCUGAACGGGGCGCGGCACGACUUCCUGAAGCAUGCUAUGCUGGAGUGGUGUGAGCUGGAGGACCUUACGGAGUUCCUAGAUGCUCAGCUGGGUCCCCUCGAGAUGGCCAUCGACAAUUUUCGCGGAAGUCAAGAGGUGAACACGGCCCAUACGCCCCACGUUCGGGACAUUGGUCGGCUGAUGUUCCGCAACCACUGCCUUCUGGACUCUCGUGUUUUCAGGCCCUUGUGUUUGGCAGCCUAUGCGCUCGUGCACGAGGCGGGGUCACGUUGCGGAGGGUGUCAGAUCCUAAUAUGCGGUUUCAUCAUAAGUCCUCUUUUGGGGGUGGGGGGCUCCAUACAUCAGCAUUUGAUCAUGUUGUGGGUCUGUAUGGAGACCCUACAGUAG